AGCCACCGUGCCCGGCUUGAGCGCGUCGGAGGGACGCGGAGCCGCUCCGCCGAGCCCGGGCGGGCGGGCGCAGCAUGGUGGACUAUAUCGUGGAAUAUGACUAUGAUGCAGUGCAUGAUGAUGAGUUAACGAUCCGAGCUGGGGAAAUCAUCAGGAAUGUGAAAAAACUGGAAGAAGAAGGAUGGUUAGAAGGGGAGUUAAAUGGCAAAAGGGGCAUGUUCCCUGACAAUUUUGUGAAGGAAGUUAAGAAGGAUGUAGAGCCCAAGGAUGAUGCUGUACCACUCAGGAGGGAGAAAUCUGGCAAUGUAGCCAGUCUUGUGCAGCGGAUGAGCAGCUAUGGGCUUCCAGCAGGAGGAUUUCAACCUCAUCCCCCAUCCAAAGGAUUCAAGAAGAGGUCCAAGAAGCGUCAGUGCAAAGUGCUCUUCGAGUACGUCCCGCAGAACGAAGAUGAGCUGGAACUCAAGGUGGGGGAUGUGAUCGACAUCAACGAUGAGGUAGAAGAGGGCUGGUGGAGUGGAACACUGAAUGGCAAGGCAGGGUUGUUCCCUUCAAACUUCGUGAAGGAAUUGGAGUCAACGGAUGAUGGAGAAACACAGGAUGCUGUGGAUGACACAGAACCUGUUUCCAAUAGUCCUACCUCACCUGUGACCUCUCCAGGAAACGGGGGUGAACCUGCGUCUGGACCAGCACAGCCAAAGAAAAUCCGAGGUGUUGGGUUUGGGGAUAUCUUUAAAGAAGGCUCAGUGAAACUUAAGACGAGAUUACCCAGUAAUGAAUCAGAAGAUAAAAAGCAAGAUAAGCCACUACCUACCCAUUCUCCUGGAUCAAAGCUAAUUCAUUUCCCCAGCAUAACAAAAACUGAAAACUCACCAGAAGUAAUUAAAUCAGAAGCUGAAAGUAAACCCAAAGCCAAGGAAUAUUACAGGACAAUAUUUUCCUAUGAAGGCUCAAAUGAUGAACUCAGCUUUAAAGAAGGCGAUAUCAUUCAAAUAAUCAGUAAGGACACUGGAGAGCCAGGCUGGUGGAAAGGAGAACUCAAUGGUAAAGAAGGACUCUUCCCAGAUAACUUUGCUGUUCAAAUACAAGAGUCUGAUAAAGACUUUCCUAAGCCAAAGAAACCUCCACCUCCAGUUAAAAAUCCAGCUCCAAGGCCUGAACUGCCAACUGGAGAGAAGAAAUUCCCAUCUUUGAAGCCUGAAGAAAAAGAUGAAAAAGGAGCUUUGGAUCAGAAGCCUUUGAAACCACAAGCUCCUCAAGUACCACCCAAGAAGCCUAUUCCUCCAAGCAAGACCAACAGCUUACUGAGAGCAGGACUCCUGCACCCAAAGCGUCCGGAUAAACCUGGUUUGCCGUCACCUGCACCUAAAACUAAUGGAGAAGUUGUUUCUCUUCGACCAAAAUCUGAAAUUGAGCCAGUAGCAAAACCAAAGUUAGACUCUGAACCAUUACCACAUAGACCAAAAUCAGUAGAGGUAGAUUCACUUGUGGUAAAGAGCUCUAAAGAAUCAGAUCUGUUAAGCUUUGAUGAUGUAAUAGCUACCUCAGAUAAUCUGUCACACCCGACUGCGAACCGGCCCAAGAUGCCUGGUAGGAGGCUGCCCUCACGUUUCAAUAGCAGUCCUGGAAGUCAGAAUGUGAGUCCAGAAAAAAAUUUGAAGGUGCAGAAAGAAGAAGAAAGUGCCAAACCAAAGCCAGUUGAAACAAAAAAGCCAUCUGCAUUCAGCCCAAUUACAUCUUCAUCUCAGAGACCAAGUUCUGUCAUACUUGACUUUUUACCUGGAGACAUCCAACUUAAAGGAGAAACUGAUGAUGAAAAAAUUUCUGUGGAAGAGCUCAGGACUCAGAUUAAUGAUUUGAUGGGUUUAAUAGACGCACUGAAGAAAGAACACGGGAGAGAACUGGAAAAACUAAAGAAGGAUUUGGAAGAAGAGAAGCUGUUGCGAAGCAAUCUGGAGCUUGAAAUAGAAAAAUUGAAGAAAGCAGUGAUGUCUACAUGAGAGCUAUGGACUCAAUGUUUUUAACUCACCAGGAAUUCAAAGCUGAACACAAGGAGAACUGACUCUUAUUUCAUAAUAAUGGAUGCUGUUGUUCUACGGUCUUAAAGAAAAAAUAUAGUAAAAAAAGGAAUAUAGUCUUAUAUUCAGAGAGAUAAGAAAACAAAAAAGAAUAAUGGUGUAAUUUUUUUGCCAAUAUAAAAGAGGCCUUAUUUCUUACUGUGCUGGAAUUGCAGACCUUAUUUUUUUGGUUUGCUAGAAAAUACUACUGAAUCUGUAUAGAAAGGAGAGGGAAUUCUUAAUAGAUUUUUAUGGAAUACCUGUAGCUUAAUUUUUAAAGAGAUCUAUACUAUAAAUAGGGUGAUCUAUCUUUACAACUAAUCUGUAAAAUAGUCUAUUGGGAGGGGUGGAAUAACUGUAUUGUAAUUGUAGUCACUACUUUUCCCCUACAUGCAAAAGGGAAUAUAUGAUAUUUGUAUAAUUUUGGCAGUCUCGCCCAGGGUUAUGCUGUUGUGCCUGUCUGCAGUGAGAAUAUUAAUACUGUGCUGUUUAUAAGUUGAGUAAUGAGAUAGGAAUUUGUUAGUGCAAUGAAGCAGGUGAAACUCCUAUGCAUUGUAGUGAGAAUGGAUGAUCUAAUCCGAGUAGUUCAGCAGAACGGUUUGUCACUUGCACUAUUGGAUUAAAAAGGGAUUUAGGACUGAAUCAUGAAAUUAUGAAAAAAAAUCAGUUUGUAAAACCACAAAAUGCAGGAAAUACAGAAAAAAGGCUUGAGUCCAGUCUUAACCUGUUGUGCCUGAAAUACUCCAGUAUGCAGCAUGGAAAAGCAAACCUUAAGUCACGACGUCUGUGUACCUGUAUAUCUAAACUGAAGUCAUCAAUCUUUGUAAUGGUUCAAUAUGCAUCUUGAUCUGUUUUUACAAUAGUCAGGUUUUGUUUAUAACAUGUCUCCAAAUAAAUCCCUUUGGAACUUUGAUACUCUCAAAAGGUCUCAAUAUUUAUAUAUUUAUGCCAUGACCUUUCUCAGUAUACUGUGUACCUCUAAAUUUAAUAACACCUUUGUAUUUUAAUGAGUAAUUGGAACAAUUGCUUUGACAUGAUUUUGCUGAUGUCCAAGACAGUGUCUUUAUUUUAUGGAAAACAGUUGAAAUCUUGUGGAUUGCCAUUAUCUUUAGCCCCUGAGCUCAGCACUUGCAGCAGAACAAUAUACAAAUAAUAUGCAAAGUGAUGGGAGACAAUGGUAUUUAUUGCUGUGUUUGUUUGAUUAAAGAAUUAAAAAACAUACAGCUUUAUAAAGCCAGUCAAAAUGCAUUAAUUGUGUUAGUAAUCAGCUCAUCUCCUUUUGAUCUGCUGUAAUUUAAAUGACAAAAAAGUGUCACAUAGUUUGGCAACUUCACCAAUAAAAGAAGUAAUUAAACUUCUAUUCAUGAGAGUGGUCAUACGUAUAGUAAUUAUUUAGUAUGUCACUAGCUCAAGUGACAUGGAAGUGUUACUUCUUGAGAGUGUACUUUUUCCACAGUUGAUGCAUCAUAAAACAUUAAAUGUCAGAAAGUCAACUGGAGGAUGUUCGUUGAUUGCUGAUUCAAAUAGUUAAUGAAAUUUGAUUAAUAUACUAUGCAGGUAUUGAGUAAUAUUUGCGAGUCAAAUUGGUAAUAAGCUGAUUCAAUAUUAAUGCUUUUAACUUUGAAUUGCCUAAAUGCACCACAAAUGAAGGGUUGAGCCAUGUGUUUAUAUUGAGGAAUCAUGUGCAGCAGCAAUGCUUCUCGUCAGACACUAAACCCUUGCUUGGAAUUCACCCCUAAAGCAGGUGAUGGAAAGCAAGAAUUGAGCCUACUGGAAUACCCAGUUUUGUUAUACAAGCUCUUCACUGUGGUUGGAGCACGAAACAAAUCUUGGGAUGGAUUUGCUCUGCAGAAGUUGUGCCUCUGUGUGAGCUUGUAGAGGAUGAACAGAACAAGACAAUCAGUUAAAGCCACAAAUGGAAGGCGUUUGUUAUUUAAUGGCCUUUGUUCGCUAUAGCAAUAAAUGACCCAAGUGCAAUGACUUGAUUUAUUGAACCCUUCUUUAAAAGUUGCUGCUAUGAGUAUUUUUAGCCAUAAGGAAGUUGCCCCGAUAUGUGUCUGUCCUGUCUUCAGCCAGUGUUAUGUACUGCGGUGGAGGGGGAGAGGAUAAUGGUUUUGAAGACAUUCCACAGUACAAGUUCCUACGAGCUGUGUGCUUCACUGACUUUAUACUGGUGCUGUAAAAUGAUGCAUGCUAUCCAAACUCAGCAAAUAAAAUCAGUAUAAAAACCUGU